AGAGGAUGGAGCUGCGUACGCAAUAUCAGACUUGUGUUUUCCUUUCUCUGUAUCUUGCGACAGCUUUGGCAGUGCUGUGCAAUGUUCGUGUCUCCGAUGCCACUCUCACAACUUUGCCAGCAGCAGCCGUCACCACUGCAGUUACGGAAGAUGCCUCCCAUGAUUGGAUUGCCGACCUAGAGCGCGAAGAAGAAGUGUCAAUCCCCAGUUUCGGUGACGAACUUUUUGCAGAGAGUAUUGAGACACGCCGGAAACGAAUACAGAAACGACAAGCAAGUCAACAGCGGAAGGUGCACAAGAAGCACAAGGCAGAGUUCCGAGAAAAAGCUAAGUUUUACCGUUCGCUGACCCAGUGGAGUCUGUUUUUGAUCGUGAACCUGGCGGUUUCUGUGGCUGCACUUACGACUCUUUGGAAAACCGUCAAGGCUAAUACAGCGGUGCCAACAAGCGAAGAGGCGCCACAGGCGGAAUCUCCACCAGAAGCAAGGGAAGAAAAGCAAUCCGAGCCCUCGAAGCAAGAGCCCCACACACUGAUGAAGACACCCGCGUCUCGAUUAACCCAUCAAGUCAUCUCAAAUGCUUUGGUGGCUUGGGGAGCAAUCAUGACUCUAGUUACCAUCUACAAGCUUUCCAUGACUGUUCCCGCCGUGCGGGAAUCAGUGGAGAGCGUAAUGUCGUCGCUGCCGCUUUUCACUUCUGCUGACUCGCAACGCCCUUCUUAGAGGCCACAUGGACACGCGGCUGACGAAGGAAGCUCUCGAGCCUGAACGAGUCACCUGUCUUCGUCCGUGAAUGACAAUGCCGGUGGCGGAGAUUCAGGCACACAAAUCGACUGCCCAUGUGUGUGUAGGCUUUGAAAUCCUUCCAUCCAGCCGGAGCCUGUGUGUUUUACCUGUUUUUUGCAGCAGUCGAUGAAAAAACUUUUGAAAUUGUGGCUUCUGACACGGUGUUGUGCGACGUCUGUCGCCUCUGCGGCUGACUUAGAAACAGAAGGCUCCUGAUGUCGUUUCAAUUGCUACCGCUCUGGCAACGCAAAAGUGACCGUUGAACCAACCCUCUUACUAUCACGCUGGCUCCGACGUCGGUCGAGUGCAAGCAGGACGUCAAAUCUUAAUGUUUUUGCUACCAAUUGCGCUCGUGGGUCAAACGGCUGUAUCAGACGGCUUCUCCAUCCCAGGAGAUUUCACUGGGAGUAUGUGUCGAAGAAAAUAUUGAGAGAUUUUAGCUCAGUAUCGUGUAUCAACGAGAUUCAAAUAUAACACAGGACAAGGCAGCGACCGCGACGGCAAAUCUGAAGAUGGCUGCAGAAACGCAUGAACACUCCAUACCUUGAUCACAAACUCCCCAAUCCUCCGCACGUCCUAGUGCCCAUAAAACAAAACGUAAGAGAGUUUCGUUUGUGUCGAAAGCUUGCAGAAAACUUCUUCACUAGCAGCUGCGUGAGAAUCACACCGACACCCAUUACUACCUGAGGGCUG